UAGCAACUUCAAUGUAGACACCAAAACCGCGCUUGGGUAGUAGUUUACAACAAUUUUUAAUUAACUUUACCGUAAUAUACUUUAUUAAAUUCAACGCAAGGUUACAGUCCUAUGUAGCUAACCUGAAGGAAACUAUGGACCGAUAUUCGUACCCUCGCAUUCACGUGGAGAGAACACUGGCCAUCAUUAAACCAGACGCCAUCCACCAAAGUGACGAGAUUGAAGACGUUAUCCUGAAAUCCGGCUUCACUGUUCUGCAGAGGCGGAGGCUGCAGCUACGUCCAGAGCAAUGCAGCGACUUCUACGCAGACCAGUAUGGAAAGUUCUUCUUUCCCAACUUGACUGCCUUCAUGAGCUCUGGACCCAUCAUUGCCAUGACUCUGGCCUGCAACAAUGCUAUUGCACGCUGGAAGUCACUUAUAGGGCCGGUCAACAGCGUCAAGGCUAAACAAACUCAUCCAGAAUGCCUUAGAGCAAAAUACGGCACUUCUGACCUGAAAAAUGCACUCCAUGGCAGUGAGUCAUUUCAUGCAGCAGAGAGGGAGAUCAAAUUCAUGUUCCCAAACUCUGUAAUUGAGUCCAUUCCUUCAAGAGAAGCAACAGAAGAAUAUCUGAACAGAUAUGUAAACCCAACUCUGCUGCGAGGACUCACUGAGCUCUGCAAGCACAAGCCACUCAACCCUUGUGUUUGGCUUGCUGACUGGCUGAUGAAAAACAGCCCAAACAAUCCACAAAUAUGUGAUGGGAGAGAAGCAGAAUGGCAACAGGAAAAGGGGAAAGAAUAUAUCACAUAAUAUUUAUUUAAAAAUAGACUAGAAUGAGUGUGACUUGAAUAAUUGAGCAUGUAUAAACAAGAGCACAGUGAUUGUAAUCGUUAAAUAAAGAAAAUCUCAAAUUGA